GAAAAUGUUGAAAUCUUUAACUUAUAUUCUGGCAACAUUUUUUAAAUGUCAAAAUUCAAUACAUCAGUCGAGAAUUUUCUUACUCUUUCAUUCGCGGUAGUCAGCGGGUGCAACACACAUACUGGUUCGGACAGGAUGAGAACCACACAAAUUGCCCAGUAUGCACUAAGACUCACAUAUUCGCAGCCAGCGAGUCGUGAGAAGAUGAUGUCUCGAUCUGCGCUGGCGCUCGCCGCUAUUGGUCUAGGACUUUCCACCUUCAGCGUCCGUCAAAUGAUCCUCCACCAGUCGAGACGAAUCUAGAUCCAUUAAACGUUCUAGAAAGCUCUAGAAUCAACCAAAGUCUCGAUCAGCAUACAUGAAGAUAAAAUAAAGCUAAUCUUUCAUGUAUCAUCUCCAUUCUUCCAGGCGUCGAAAAUAUUAUCGAGCGUUCAAAUUUGGAACAACGCCGGCAAUGCAUUUGACGCCCAACGUAUUAUUUUUAAAGUGUUUUAAAUUUAUUGUCGUAGAAAAAUUGUAAAGACAUUUCUUAAGUACCUACUUAUGUGAAAAAAGAAUAAUUUAUUUUUUAAAUAAUGUGUGUGUAGUAGUUUAGUAAUUGCCCACCUGUCAAACGGAUUUCUUUAGAUAAGUUUUAAGUAUUGUGUGGGUGAUUUUUAAGUUACAGUUAGCAUGAAAGAUUGUGUGAGAUCCAACGACCGUCUGUAUUGUGAUGGAAAAACCAAAUAAACGUUACAUUAAAAAUUGCCAA